GUGGUAUAGUGUCUGGUCGGGCACGUGGAAGUCCAGGACUGGGGAGGCCUCCGUGGUGGCAGCAGCGGCUGCAGCUUGGCGGCGGGAGGGGGCCCUUUCCGGCCCCGGCUUGGAGCUGAGGGCUGAAGGGAGGAUCGAGGCCCCAAUCGGCUCUGAUUUGGGGGUCUAGCUGCUAUGCUCGCUGAGUCGCGGGGUGUCGGGCCUGGGACGCCUCCUGACGCUCUGCCGCUUGCCUCUGCCGUCUGUCUGUCUCCCGCUCCAGUGGCCCUCUCACCCUUCACUGUAACACGCCGUAUAGGUCACCCCUAUCAGAACCGGACGCCCCCCAAGAAGAAGAAGCCGCGCACGUCCUUCACGCGCCUGCAGAUCUGCGAGCUGGAGAAGCGCUUUCACCGCCAGAAGUACCUGGCCUCCGCCGAGCGCGCCGCCCUGGCCAAGGCGCUCAAAAUGACUGACGCUCAGAGGGACCCACGCUGGAGCUGGGUGCUGCCAAGGCAGCAGUGCCCGUGCGCGCUCAGGUCUCCCCGGAUCGCUGGGAGCGUGGGUAACAGCUUGUCCCCGUGCAGGCGGCAGACCGCGGAGGAGCGCGAGGCCGAGAGGCAGCAGGCGAACCGCAUCCUCCUGCAGCUGCAGCAAGAGGCCUUCCAGAAGAGCCUGGCGCAGCCGCUGCCCGCGGACCCGCUCUGCGUUCACAACUCGUCGCUCUUCGCCCUGCAGAACCUGCAGCCCUGGUCUGACGACUCGACCAAGAUCACCAGCGUCACGUCUGUGGCCUCGGCCUGCGAGUGAGCCUGCCCAGCCCACCCCUCAGACCCCGGCCCAGCCAAGGGGUCAACGCUGAGGCCUGAGAGCCAGGACUCUCUCCCACCCUCCCGGCCUCGGACUGCCCACGGAGGGGAGCACGCCCCUCCACGGGGGGCCUGCCUGCUUGCCGAAACUGCGCUCUCUUCCGUGGAAAAGAAGAAAGGAGUGCAGAGCACAGGGACCCUCGACCCACGCCCUGACUCCCACGCGGUCCUGCGCCCCGCUAAAACUGUUGAGAGUCGCCUCAGUUUGCAUCUAUUUUAUUUUAAUCUGAUUUUUAACGUGGGACUGAGAGAGAGGGGGGAAGGGGGAGAAGAAGAGCUUCUGGGGUCCCCAGAGGACAGCACGGGCUAUCCUCGGAACCUUCUCUCUGUAUCCCACUCCUCAUCACAUACCAUCACAUACGACACACACAGGCAGACACAGAGAUGAGGACACCACAGGCCCACACAGAGGUGAUUCCACCCUCCCUCUUGGUGUCACCCCAGAUCACACACAGGGGACCUAGGGCAGAAUGUCCCGCACACACGGGACCAGAGCCUUCUUACCUUUGAUUCUCACUAUCUGUCCUAGGCCAGGUUGACCUAGACUUACUCUGAGCAGCAUGGCACUUCUCAUAAGCACGAGGCUGUGGCCACACUGUGAGACACUGUUCCACACACAACAGCGGUAACAGUGCCACUUGGCCCGCCCGACCUCCAUCACACGUCCUCGCCCCACCCAGGUACUCACAGGCAGGCUUUCACACACACGCAGCCUGUUUCUCCAGAUCCUGUUCAUAGGGGGGGGGUUUAAGUUAUGCACUUAUAAGGUGUUUUCUGUGCAACCAUUUUAUAAAGUGCUUGUGUAAUUUAUGUGAAAAAAAUAAUAAAACCCUCCAGAUCCGGAGUUAGGGCUGCCUGCUCCUUGCUGAGCCCAACACCCUGCGGCUACUUGGGUUUGGCGUUAGCUGGGCAGCUCUGGAGCCUGUG